AUGGUUGAUAUAUCAGAAGAAAAAUCUGUGGAUGGUUGUCCAUAUAAAUUUAAGGCGAAAUUUUUACCGUCAUCAAGCUCUUCAACCAAUUCUAUUCGAUUUUCUCCCGAUGGUAGAAUAAUUGCAACUUGUCUGUCGGAUGGAAUUGUAAGGAUAUAUGACGCUGACACAUAUAAGUUACAGACUGAACUUAAAGGUCAUACGAGAGGAGUCUCCAGUAUCGAAUUUCUGCCCAUAGAUUCCAAUAUUCUUGUAUCCUGUUCGGAUGAUUUAACCAUAAGAUUAUGGUCCAUAAAGAAAUCCAAAUGUAUUCGAAUAUUACAAAAACAUACGUAUCAUAUAACCACAAUCAAGUUUAGCAGUAAGGGGAAUGUACUUGUAUCUGGAUCUGCGGACGAAACUAUAACCAUUUGGGAUAUCACAACGGGGAAACCUUUGAAGACAUUGGCUGCUCAUUCCGACCCUGUACUGAGCAUUUCACUCACUCCAGAUAACUCCAUCAUUGUCAGUGCUUCAUAUGACGGGUUGAUGCGUCUAUUUGAUACAGAACUGGGACAGUGUCUCAAAACAUUGACAUAUAACAGUUCUUCCCACGGAACAGCCACCGCGCUGACCAAUGAUGUGGUGAAUUUCCCUAUUCUGAACGUUGAAUGUUCCCCUAAUGGUAAAUUUAUUUUAAGUUCCAGUCUUGAUGGAACUUUAAGAUUAUGGAAUUAUAUGGAUAAUAAGGUCGUGAAGACAUAUGUAGAUACAAUUCCAGUGAGUGAAAACUACAACUGUGGAGCAAAAUUCAUUACAAAGAGUAAAUCAUCAAUGAUAGCUUCUGGAUCAGAAAAGUCUGGAGUUUUAAUAUGGGAUGUACAGCUGAAGAAGAUUGUUGGAAGAUUAGGAGAUGGUGAAACGGAACUGUCACCCGUGUUAGAUGUGGAUGUGUACGACGAGGGGAGAUUGCUAGUGAGUUGUUCAAAAGAUGGAUGGGUAAGAGUAUGGGAAUUGAGUUAA